UCGUUGGCGACUCUCUAGAAAAACUGUUACCUUUCUGUAAGUUGACCUGAUGUAAGCGAUAUAGGGCCACAUGGCUCUUAGAGGAUUUGUUUUCUCUUUAAUUUGCAAUUUAUUUCAGAUUGUAUUCACAUUAUUUCCAUGGCCGGUUUGGCAAUUCUUCAUUUACUUUUCACAAUCACACUGUGCAGUCGAUCGGAAUGUUGCAAGAGUGUUUCAAGCUACAUUCUACAAGACAUUGUUUAUUUUCCAAGUCAGUGACAGGCAACUUGAAGACGCCGAUCUAUGCAAGCUUUGAUGUAGUUCAUCUUAGGGAAUGGUUAAAAGCGUUUCCACGGGAACAAAUCAUGAUAUUUAGAACGGAAGAUUUCUCAAAAAAUAUUCAAGGAUAUUUGAUUCAAGUUUUUAAAUUUCUUGAUAUAUCUGUACCAAACAACACGAUUUUGCAAAAGAUGUCAUCAAUGCCACACUUCCGGAUAACAUCUGGCAAAGUUAAGGCUGGACCUAUGUUACCUGAAACUCGAAACCUGUUGAAAAAGUUUUUUCAACCCUUUGUCAGUGAGCUGGCAGCGUAUCUCCAUGACGACAGAUAUUUAUUUUGCGACACAAACUUUUGUUGAAUGGUAUUAUGUUAUGGCAAAAUAUUACCGAUUCCUAUUAUCGUUAUUUUCAUUAAUUUCUUAUAAAAUUAACAAAUCGUCUGACGCAACACUUGCAAAUUUAUAAAUAUCCUUAAAAUUCUAGCGAGUGCAUUUUUGAAAGUUUAUAUACUUUUAGUACAAAUGUUGGCAUUCAGUAGCUUUGCAUUAUCGUAACCUACAAAUUUAUUCUAUUUACGAUCUAUCCGUAUUUUAAUCAAGGAAAAUAUAUCAAUAAAUAGCUUAAAAACGAGAUUAAAAACGGCAAUUUUAUUUUCAACUACUACAACAAGAAUAAAACAAUCAGCAUAUGUACGGUAACUGGUCUUAAUUUUGUGAAAAUUAUCUGCGCCACUAUUUGCUUGUAACCUCAAUAUAUUUUAAACAUUUGUUUUUCUUUUAUUAUUAUUAUUGUUAUUAUUAUUAUUUGUAAUUAUAUCACUUUUGAUAUUUGCUCAAGUUUUAAUACUAUGAAAUUCAAGUAUAUUUGACAACAUAAUGUGCUAAAAGUGUGGUAAAUGUCAGUAUGGGAUUGAAAACACAUUGUGCUAAAUGUGGCAAAUUUCAAUAUGUAAAUGACAACACACUGUGCUAAAAGUAUGGUAAAUUUCAAUACGAUAUAGAUGAUAGGCUGUGCUAAAAUUUUGGUAAAUUGCGCAAACUUAUCGUAAAUAACAUUUAACGUAUUAGCAAAUAAAUGUUGCGUUAUAUGUUUGUUAAAUGUCUUAAUUUUUCAUUUAUUUGUAUUGUUUGAUAAACAGUGACGCUAUAUGAAUGUCAUGUAAUUCUGCAAGACGUAAAUAUAAUAAU